AUGUCGAUAAUCAAAGUUGCGCCGAGAAACAUACUUGCAGAUUUGAAACGGAAUAUACCACAAAAUGAGUCAAAUAUCAAGCAAGUAUACAAUGAAUAUUAUAAACAGAACAUUGCGAGCAGAGGUCCGAGAUCCGAAAUGGAACAACUUUUGAAACUUUUGGACGAUAAUCACUAUGUUUCAAGGUACAUAAUGUGUGAUGAUAAAGUCAUUGUCAGUGACAUUUUUUUGACUCAUGCAAAAAGUAUCAAGUUCUUCAACACAUUUCCAACCGUCCUUAUAAUUGGUUCAACGUACAAGACCAACAAGUAUAGGCUUCCGCUUCUAGAAAUUGUUGGUGUCACUUCUACGGAGAAGACAUUUUCGGUUGGAUUUACAUUUCUCGAAUGUGAUAAACAAGACAACGUUACAUGUGCGUUGGACAUAUGCAAGAGUUUGUUGAAGGAUCCACAAAUUAUUCCUAGUGUCAUUGUAACCGACUGA